AUGUCAGUGUUCGUGCCGCCUGCUUUGACCACUGAUCUGGAAGAGCGACGACCGUCUCGCAUGUAUCGUCGAGCCACAAAGCGAAAGUACAGCAUUUCACACACCGUCAGUCACGUGAAAUCAGUCCACGGCACAGUUGCAGCUGGUGAGUUCAGUGAUUACAAUAAAAGAUUUUUACUUUGGUACUUCAAUGAUAGUCAGUGA